AUGAGUUCUCAGCCUUCCUUGGGACUCUGUCUCAAAGCGUCCCUGUUAUCCCUCUUACUCGCCACUCUCCAGCCCAGUCAUGCACUUCCUCAAAAUUCCAGUCCAUAUGGCUGGGCUUCUGCCGCUGGGAAUGACGAAUCGUCUACAAUAAGUCCUCUUCGAGGCAGCUCAGCCCUAUUGGGUGUUAUUCAGAAUGAAGUGGAUCCCCAAAACAGCGCCAUGGUCUCCGAAUCUGCAAUCGAGCUCGCCCCUGGGCAGACUGCCGACGCAGAUAUAGGAAUUCCGUUCACCUUCAAAAAUACUCUUCACCCCCAGCCGAUCCGGGGAGACCUUGGAUCCACGGACUCCGGCCCUCGAACAUAUGCCUAUGACCGCCUCAACCCAAAUACCUUUGCACCGCCAGCAUCAGACAAUGGUGAAGUGACGCAGGGGAAAUGGCCACUAGGCCUCUCACACAACCGAAUUCUCCCAGGGCGUGCAGGCUGGUCCCGAGAAGAGAACACCGAUGUUCUCCCCGCUGCAACAGCCAUGUCCGGAGUAGACAUGAAACUGGCUCCCUGGGCAUACCGCGAACUGCACUGGCACCAAGCCAACGAGUGGAGCAUCGUCCUAAACGGAAGUGUCCGAGUGCAGGCGAUGAACGAAGACGGUCAAACCUUUACAGACGAUGUCACCGCGGGCGAUGUAUGGUAUUUUCCAUCCGGGGUACCCCACUCACUCCAAGCGCUCGACGAGGGCGCCGAGUUCAUGCUCGUCUUUGAUCAAGGCGACUUCAGCGAUGGGGGCACUGGCUUGAUCACCGAAAUGUUCCUGCGCAAUCCCAAGGAAGUCUUGUCCAAGAACCUCCAGGCUCCCAUUUCGGACUUUGAUGAUAUUCCGAAAGACCAGUUGUACAUUUUUAAUGGGACACCCGCGCCGAGGGACGUGCAGGAGCAGACUGUUCCAGGGCCUGGAGGUGUUUUAUCCGGCAAGGAGAGUUAUACCUACCAUUUAUCGAAACAGGAAGCAUUUGAGACGCCGGGUGGAAGCAUCAAGAUUAUCGACCCCUUGAGCUUUCCGAUUGCAAAGAUGUUUAGUGCGGCGCUUGUGACGAUUAAACCGGGCGCUAUGCGAGAGAUCCACUGGCAUGGGACCAGUGACGAAUGGGGAUUUUUCCUCGCCGGGAAUGCACGAGUCAGUAUAUACGAAGCGCCGACCGCUGGUGCGACCGUUGAUUUUUCCGCUGGUGACAUUUCAUAUGUUAAAGCCACAGCUUCACAUUAUAUUGAGAAUACCGGCAACGAGGAUGUUGUCUUUCUUGAAAUGCUUCAGGCACCACGGUUCUCUGAUAUCUCAGUCGGUCAAUGGUUGAAGCUCACGCCGAAGCAGAUCAUCAAGGAUACUUUGAAGCUCCCGGACAGUCUGCUGGAUAAUCUUUCUCCUAAUAAGCAGUAUAUUGUACAAGGGAAUCGGAAUCCGACUGCCACUUCUGAUGGAUCUGGUAUGGCAUGA